AUGCAAAUUAUGCCAAUCUUUGAAUCCAUCGUUACCAAGUUGGCCAACUCUGGUAGCGUUUUUGGCUGUUUUAAACAACUUACAACAAAAGCAAAAGAUCCUCCAAGUAGUAUAGCUUUACGAAGUGGUGGGCCAUCUGAUCUCACUUUAGAUGGCAGGAAAGCCCUUCAGAUCUCAAAGAGGCUUACUCGGGCUGUGGAUUAUCACAGAAGUACAGAGGAAGGGACAGCUACUCCAAAGGAUCGACUUUGCAUAGAGAUUUUGGAACAAGAAGAAAGAAGAGAUCCAUUACUAGGAGAAGCUUCAGUAUCGCUUGCUAUUGCAGGCGAUGAUUUGCGCUCGGAGUUAUUGUACCUUGAAAAUAGAGUUGCUUUGGCCAAACUUCUAUUUCGCAUGGAAGCAAAAGUUGCCAUGGAUAUUGCUCAAGUUGACGGGACCUCCAAGGUUCAGCUAGCUGGAAACACCAAGAACAUGGCUGGCACCCAGAGGUCUACUGUGGACUUGAAUGAGGCACCUUUCAAAAUCAAAGAGGAGCAUCUGAUUAGGAUGAGGGCCCUCGCCAAAACUGUGGAGCUUGGGAAGCGAUUUUUCCCUCGUUGUUCAGCAGUACUGAACAAGAUCAUGGAUGGUGAUGACUAUUCCAAGAUCACUCAACUAGAGAAUAAUGCUCUCGAAGAGUGUCCAUUAAAGAAGAGAAGGCGCAUGGAACUCGAAGAAGUUUUGUGCAAGGCAUUUACUGAGGAUAAAGAAGAAUUCGACCAUACGAUUAACAUGUCAUCAUCUUCAUCAUCAUCUGUGGGAAUGAUGAAACCCAAUGGCAAGUUAACACUCACCAAGUAAACAUCUGGUGUGUCCGGUGUUGGGGAGAGGGUUUCAGCUUUUUUUUUGCUGCAUAUACUGUUUUCUACCUUUUUUAUUUGCUCAGCAAUGUUCCAGCUUUCUUUCAUAUUUCCAUUAAUUUACAGGGAAAUGAAGACUGGAUUGUUUUAGUUAUUUUGGAUUCCACUGAAUGUUCAGAAACUAUGAGCUAUAAAAGAUGUAAGUACGCAUUUUUUUCCC